GUGAUGUAAUGUGAUUAGAAUUUUAGCUAUAUAAUAAAUGUUGAACAAUGUUGGUAUUGGCAUGACCAGUGGAUUGGACAACAAAUUCUGCAAAAAGUUUAAAUUGCAUAUAUCUAAAAAUGAGACAUUUGGGAAGUAAAAAAAUAUCAAAUGAGAUCAUGUCAUACAAUGCAGACAAUUUGAGACGGAGUCCAAGAAAAAAAGCAAAACCAGUUCAAGAUAAAGGACGUCGAAAACUGGAUUUUUGCAAUGAAAGAAAAAAGCCAUUGUCAGGAUGCAAAGUUUUUUUGGACAUAUCUUUAAAGACCACAGUGUCUGAAAUAACAAAAAGAAUAGAAGCACUGGGUGGUACAGUUGAAUGUUUUCUUAGCAAAGAUAUUUCUUUGGUUAUCACGAACCAAAAAACUACGGUCAGACCCGAUGGAUUUUCUCAAAUGCCAAGCCCUUUAUCACUUGGUCCCAGUCCUCUUCAGCCACACUUUUCAAAUAAAUAUUCUGCUGCACAAUCACCUUACAGUACAGAUUCUCCACAGCACAGUAUUGAAACUGGAAAGCGUGUGAAACCACCGCCUGUUGCUACCAGAGGAAAGUCAUUACUGGACAAAGUGCUUGUAUCUAAACGUGGGUCAGGAAGUGCAGAUACAGUGGCUAAAGCCAAAAACUUGGGAGCGGUUGUGUUUACAGUGGAAGAUUUUAUGAAAAAAUAUAUGAAGAAAAGAGAUUCGAUAUCAGACAAACAAGUUUUAAAAGAAUUAAAAAACCAACCUAUGAUUCAAGCAAGUCAUUCAAGAACCGUACCAAACGUGAAAGUGUACAAAUUAAAGGACUCUUUCUUCAAAAUAGAAGAUCAAUCAAGGGCAUUUCGACCAAUCCUCUAUGAAGUGAAAGCGUGGCCUAAAUUGCAUUUUCAAGUUCAGCAGUUGCAUUCUCCUUUUGACGUCAUCAAAGAAACGAAGGCUGCAGAAGAUAGAAAAACGUGUGAAGCUGAAAUGGAUGAAGAAGAAACAUGUUCUAUAAAAGCAAAAAGUGAUGAAAAUUCUGAUCGUUUGGAUAAGGAAGACAAAGGCGAGUCUUCACAGAAAGUUUGUAGGAAGCGUGCAUCAAGACCAGGUUAUUGUGACUGUUGUACAGUCAGAUAUCAUGAUUUACACAAGCAUUUGAAAGGUGAUCAGCAUCGCAACUUUGCUACAAAUAAUUCCAACUUCAAAGCGUUAGAUGGUCUGAUAUCAAAGGGAACACAUUUUGAUGAUUUUUUGAUUGGUUUAAAAGUCAACGUGAAAAAACGGAAGCCGAAUGAGAAACAGCAAUCUGCAAAACCAGCUAGAAAUGAUGACGUGACUGUCGUCGAUUUAAAAAGGGCGAAUGAUACACCAGCUCAUACUGAUGUCGACGUUGUUUAUCCAAAAAAAGACACAGUGGAGCAUCACGCAUGCAGCACGGACAAUGCUGUUCAUUUCAAAACAACGAAGAAAGAUUGUAGUGAAGAUGUUAUAGCUGAUGUGUUUAGUGCAUCACAGCAAAAAUCACCUUAUGGAAAAAGAAAUACAAGAAAUUCAAGGAACGACUUAUCACCUGUUAGUCCUUGUGUUUUAAGUGAGGAAAAGACGUGUAAAAGUGUUAAAGACACUAGUGCUUGUUUCAAACCACCUUCUAGCAUAAAAUUAAUCACAUCUAGUGUGUCUAAAAAUCAAUACGGCAACUCAAACUCCGAAUAUGUAGAGAAAAUCGAAGAUUCGCAUCCGGAGGACGACGAUGUUUUUAGUGAGCAAAUACUGACUAUAAAUGCAAGUACGCCUAACAAAAAUAAGCAGAAGCACAUUUCGACAUGUUUGGAUGGUCCAGAGAACGAAAUAACUACAAGUCAUAGACAGAAAGAAAACGAAAAUCCAGUGGAAGAACCAAAUAGUUGCGAACAUGUGAUUAAUGUUAGAAAAUCUACACAACCCCCCAAGAUGAAGAACCUAAAAUCAAAUGUGAAGUCUUCACCGAUUCGCAGAAAAGCUGGUAAAAAAAAGAAACGUCGCCAGCGUUUUUCAUCGUCGCAGACGUCAAGCCAAGCAAAAAACCAAGAGAACUUUGAAGACAUUCUAAGAGAAGUUCAGCAAGAACAACACAAGGAUAUGUCUACGACCGUAGGUCAUGUUGAUAAAGAAUGUACCGAUGAUACAAUGAAAGAAAAAACAAAAGACCAUUCGAAAAUCGAAUGCCAACGGAAUCUAGUCUACCAAAGGUCUGUUAUAAACCAACACGUAGUCCUGAAUAAUGAAGAAAGUUCUGUAAGUGAUUGCUUAGUGUCGCCGGACAGAUUUUUAAUACGUCCAAAAGAAGAUAAAAUAGUUGACGCUGAAAUAUCAUUCAAUGCAACUGAAAACCCACUGCUACGUACCUUGUGCGAAAAUCCUUCACGGAAACAGUCAGCUGUAAAAUCACGCCAAGUUAAAGAUGGGCGGGAGCAAGAAGAUAUGGAAGUUUCUUUAAGACAGUACUACGGAGAUGGUUAUAACGGUUUUAAAGAAAACAUCCUAGGGAAUCAGUUGAAAGUGGGAAUUGAUGUCCAACUCAACAAGCCAGAGGAGACAGUAAAUUCUGUGUAUCCGCUUAACAAGAAAGAGAUCUUGCUUCAUAUUGACCUAGCUAGGUUUGCAGAAGACAGCAAAAAAUUGAAAACAGAUCCCGCCACAGAUAGAUAUCUUAACGAGAAUCUGCAGACAGUUCCUGGUGGAAAUGUUGCAUCAAUCACACCGAAAGUAGAAGCAACUUCGACUGCGUUUUUAGAAGAAGUGUUUAAACAAGAUAGUGAAGAAAAAUGCUUUAUCGGUUAUCUGGACGAGGAAGAUGUUUAUUGCAAUCCACAGAUUUGCAACAGUCCGAAACAUAAGAUCAAAAGUGGCGAGGAAGAAAUUUUGAAAACGUUAGACUUUAGUGACGAUGACGACGACGACGACAAAAAAGAUCUUAUAAGCGGAAUACUUCCUCAGGUCGAGCUGACAGAAUACAAAUCGUCGCAAUGCGCGAUGUUUUCCGUGAAUUAUAGCGACACAAAUGAGGUUUGUGUACCUUUGUCAAAAAGAUCGACCCCAAACAAUCGAAAGAACAGGAAAAAACAACAGAGAGGAAGCCCAGGCGGUGACAUAUUAUCAAAAAAGAAAAAACCUUCUACAGUAAAGCGUUUAUUAACAUUACGUAAUUCUGAUAAAGAGAAUGAAAUCGUUAAACCAAUUUAUACAAAAAACAAAGUUACACACAUUCAAAGCUGCAAUGAAAGUAAAAAGUCUGACGUAGCAGACAUCAAGAAGAGAGUUGUAACACCUGUUGAUCAUGAAAGAAGCCGUAAACGUAGUCGCACCGGCAGUGAUUCUGAUCACGUGAUCUUACUUGACAACUCAACACGAUCAAUUCAACAGCUUUCUUCACUAUAUGAGUCCGAAAUAAUCUUUGAAGAAACGCCCCUGGACGCAGUGACGGUUUUCUCUUCGAAAUUAUAUGACAGAAUUAAAAAUAGAGCCAGAACUGCGUCAAAAAAGGCGUCCGAGUCGAUUAGUAGGUCUUCUUCAUGCUCUGCGUCGCCAUCCCGUGUCAAGAAGAAGAAAAAGAAAACAUAUGAAUGUAGUAGUUCAGUGGAAUCUUUACAGAAGAAUUCUAUAUUGGAUUGUAAACAAACUGUGCCAGCCAUUGAUGUAGUAAAUGCGACAUCUGGAUUAGAUGUGUCAUUGAAUUCUCCACGAAGAAGUCCCAGAAAACGUCUUAAUGUUUCUGAAGGUGGAGUUAAAGAAAGACGUAUGAGUCCGCGCAAAAAUGUUUUUCGUUACAACAGUACUAGCGCUAGCUGCAGUGCUUACAAAAAUAUUGCAAAACGAACAAACACAUCCGAUCGCAGAAAUUCAAGUGAAAAUGGAAAAAAAUCAGGAAAAUCACCAAAUGGCGGUCACGUUAGUUUUGAGCGCCAAUCUAAAACUCCUUUUAAAAGUCCACAAUCGAGAGAAGGCGAAGUUCCGUCGCUACUACGCACUUCAUUUGAAUUCGAUGAUUUGAACGUUUCACAGGAACAACAUGAAACGAAGCAAGCUCAGAAAAAGGAUAGAAAAAGCAAACAAAAGAAAGAAAGAAAAACAAACCGUGCAAAUCUUGAUCCAUUUACAUUUGAUGAGCUUUAAAAAUUAUUUUUACGUGUUGCGGUGUGUUGUAAAACAAACCGCUUUUAUUUAUUAGUAUAGGGGAAUAACCCACAUGGUGGAGCAGCUUAAAGAGGCUACGAAUUCGUUUCCCCAAUGUACGUUAUAAAGAACCCACCCUGUCGAUGACUUUCAUGUACUCCACUAUAUAUAAUACUAAAAAAUACUAUUUGUUUUGUAGCCUUUAAAUGCAAUUUUACUUCGUGCACAAAUUUUUUAAAAUAAAUAACAUUUACUAAAUAGAUACAACGAUGAUGUAAUAAGUGUGCAAAUAUAAUAUUUUAUUGUUCGGUAAUUUCUUGACGGUUUUUUUUUAAUAUCAAUCUGUAUGGUUUGCUUACACCGUGAGUUGUUUAGGAGAUUUUUUUUUUAAAUUUUAAACAAUUAUCAAGGCAACCUUUUUAAGAGCAGAAAAUUCGGUGAAACAUUUAACUUUUUUACUUUAUGUAUAAAUAUUUUAUGGAUGUGAAAGAAAUAUAUAAUUAUUAGGAUUUUUUUAA